AUGAAGAAAGUUUUUGCUUAUUAUUCUGAUCGUUUUCCAGCUACUGAGGAAGAGCCUUAUCAACCAUUGCAACUCAGUGGUUUGGACUGGGCGCGGCACCACUCUAAACGUCGCCGGCUGUCACCAAGUCAGCAUCAAAACACACCUGGUCGGCAAUUCGGAGAACUUCAGAGAUAUCUGGAUGAGAAUGUGCUUGUUGCAGCAGGUACUCCAGAUGUUUUGGCUUGGUGGCGUGAGAAUUCUGGUCGCUUCCCAGUCCUCAGUCGCAUGGUUCAAGAUUUUUUUUCAGUCCCAGUCAGUGGGGUUGGUGUGGAAAAUCUCUUCAGUGUUGCUCGCGAUGUUUGCCAUUACCAACGAAACCGUUUGGCACCAGAGAUGAUUGAAGCCAUUAUGCUUCAAAUGUGUGUGGACCGAUUUGAAAUGAAAAAGGAAUUUCAAUUUCAAUCUGAAGGGGAAGAGUAUAACAGUGUGUCAAGCAAGGCAGAUGAGAUUGUUCCAGAGCUAUGGAUCAGUGAUGUAGAGGAUGCUGAUGGAUUUGAUGAAGAGGAGGAUGAUGAAAAUGAGGACGAGAAUGAGGAUUUUCCUGCACAGCCUGCUGUUUCCAUUACUCGAGUACCCCUGAGCAGCAACUCUCAGCUAGCACACAGCGACCUGACUGCAGACUCUAGUGUACGCCCACGUCGGACAACAACCACUCAACAUGAACCUGGCCAUUACCGGAAUCUUAACAAUGGAAGAUAG